GAUCUCCGGCUUCAGCAGCUCGCGAGCUGUUGUCUCUCUAAACGCUCCGUUUCGCUCACCUGGCCCCGCGUUGAUCGCUCAGGUUAAAGCAGACAGAGACCCGCAGCUUCCGGCCGUCUACCCGAUGGACGCAGAAGAAGAAGACUUCACUUCCGGAAGCCGCUCUGACGACGGCGGCGGCACUCCGGUUCAGGAUGAACACCCGGCGUCAGGCGGCGAGGAGGAGCGGAGCGUUGGGCGCCGAUCUGAGGACGAGAGCAGCAACGAUGGAGACGCCCGGCGCUCCACGGAGACCGGCGACCCCGACAAGGAGGAGCGCACAGGAGCCGACAGCGACUCGGAGGCCGAGGAGGCGCCCAGGGGUCGCCACGGCAACGAAGAAGAGGACGACGACGACGACAAAAGCACGGCGGAGACGGCGGCUCCUCACAGCGACGAGGAGGAGGAGGACGACGCUCCGGUCAAACGUAGAGUGAGCGGCUCGGAGGAGGAGUCGCCCGUCAAACGCGGAGCGUCGGAUCACGAGGAGGCGGGACAGUCGUCUCCGGCCAAACGCCGGGGGAGCAGCUCAGACGUGGAGGAGAAGGAGGAGGAGGAGCACAAAGAAACCGCAGGCAGCGACUCGGACAGCGAGGAGCACAAAGCCGCCGCGCCUCCUGGUCGCCGGUCCAACGCCGACAGUGACUCUGACACGGAGACGCCGGCGCAACGCAAGGUGGCGCAGAUAGACUCUGACGAGGAGGAGGAGAAACCGAAGGAGGAGGAAGGAGGAGGAGGAGGAGGAGGAGGAGGGAAAUGGAAGGCUGUGAUGCAGUCUGACAGUGAAGAGGAGGAGGAGGAGGGAAGGAGGAAGAAGGCUGCAGCAGGAAGUGACGGAGAGAAGGAGGAGAAGGAGCAGAAAAAUGAGAGUGACGAGGAGGACGAGAAGCCAGUGAAGAGGAAGAAGGCCAUCUUGUCAGACAGCGAGGAUGAUGAAGACGAGGAGAAACCAGCCAAGAGGAGUCGCGCCGUGUCGGACGGCGAGAACUCGGACAGCGACGCGCCGCCCGGCCCCGACGAGACUCUGGCGGCCAAGCUGAGGGAGCUGGGCUCGGACAGCGGCAGCGAGGAAGAGGAGGAGAGGACGAAGGCCGCGGGGGAGAAGAAGGACGAGAAGGCGCUGUUCGGCAGCGACAGCGAAUCAGGAGACGGGGACGAGGAGGAGAAGAUGAUCGCGGACAUCUUCGGCGAGUCUGGCGACGAGGAGGAAGAGGAGUUCACGGGCUUCAACCAGGAGGACCUGGACGGGGACAAGAAGGAGGCGCAGGAGCAGCAGGAGUCCGACUCCGAUGACGGAGUGGACCGCAGCGGCCAAGACACCAGCUUCAUGUCCGACUUCGACGUCAUGCUCGCUCGGCGGAAGGCCAUGAACAGCAGGAAGCGGCGGCACCGUGACGGAGGGACCUUCAUCAGCGACGCCGACGACGUGGUCAGCGCCAUGAUCAGCAAGAUGAACGAGGCAGCGGAGGAGGAUCGAACUUUGAACAGCCAGAAGAAACCAGCGCUGAAGAAGCUCACGCUGCUGCCGCACGUCGUCAUGCACCUGAAGAAACAGGACUUGAAGGAGACGUUUAUCGACAGCGGCGUGAUGUCGGCCAUUAAGGAGUGGAUCAGCCCUCUUCCAGACAAAUCUCUGCCGGCUCUCAGGAUCCGAGAGGAGCUCCUCAGGAUCCUGCAUGAACUGCCCAGCGUGAGCCAGGAGACCCUGAAACACAGCGGCAUCGGGCGCUCCGUCAUGUUUCUGUACAAACACCCCAAAGAGUCCCGGUCCAACAAAGACCUGGCCCUCAAGCUCAUCAAUGAGUGGUCGCGGCCGAUCUUCGGCUUGACGUCCAACUACAAGGGGAUGACGAGGGAGGAGCGUCAGCAGAGAGACCUGGACCAGCAGAUGCCCCAGAAGCAGAGGCUCAGCUCGGGGGGUCAGACGCCUCGGAGGGACCUGGAGAAGCAGCUGACCGGGGAGGAGAAGGCUCUGAGACCCGGAGACCCCGGGUUCUGUGCCAGGGCCCGGGUACCGAUGCCCUCCAACAAGGACUACGUGGUACGACCCAAAUGGAACGUGGAGAUGGAGUCCAGCAGGCACGGCCCGAUGAAGAAGGGCGUGACCCGCGUGGACAAACAGAUGCGGCGCUUCGCUGACAUCCGGCGCCUCACGAAGCCGGGCCACGCCGUGAAGAUCAGCGUGGAGGGGAACCGGAUGCCCCUCUGAUUUUAACCUCAUAGAUGUAGUCACCUUUUUUAUUUUACUUUAUUUUUUUAUGCGUUUCCUGAACAAUCCCUCUUUUCUCCUCCUCCUCCUCCUCCUCCUCCUCCUCAGGUCCAGCUCUGCCUUAAUAAAGGGCAGAGGUCACUCCCUCCCCCAUACGAGCCUGUAGGAGAACUACGUGGCCUUCAGGUAACGCAGGAAAACCAAAGCGCCUGGUUUGUCCCUUCUGGGCUCCUGUAGAAAAACAUGCAGACUCAUUAAAUCAUAGCUGUGGUUAUUAUUAUUAUUAUUAGCCAAUAACUCCGUCUCUCCGGUCGUGUGAAUCUCUGACCCACAGAAUCAAAGAUGGCCGCCUGCUGCAAUGUGUUAGCAUUGAGUUAGCGGUUAGCUGCAACUCGUGUGUUUCUGCACUAAAAGGCAGAAGUUUCACUAAAUUAAAAAGUCCUUUUAGAAACAAACGCUUGAAUUAAAUAUAAUAAUAAUGAUAAUUUAAAUGACUAUUAUUCUGACCUCGGUGGGUUAAAGAAAAAUAUCUGAUUUGUUUCAGCCUUUUUUGUUUCUGAAUGUUUUGCUGAUACGCAGGCCACGCCUCCUCCUCCUCCUGCCCCUCCCCCCUCCCCUCGGCUGUACAGAAGACAUAAACUGGUCCCAGUGGUUCUGUUGGUCCUGAUCAGACCCAGUGUUUUGGUUCUGAUACUUUUUCUUAAUAAAGACAGAAACUGAA